CCAUCGGGGGGGCGGGGCCCGGCGUCUCCUGCGUGCUCCGCGCAGCGCGCAACCUUGAAGCCAAGAUGGCGUCGGCCACCCGCAUCAUCCGCCUUAUCCGCAACUUUCUGGCCGGGCGAGACGUCCAAGCGACACUGCAGCUGCGCUACACAGAGAUCUCCAAGAGGACUCAGCCGCCCCCCAGCCUCCCCGUGGGGCCCAGCCACAAGCUAGCCGACAACUACUACUGCACGAGAGACGGACGCAGGGAGGCCUUUCCGCCCAUUGUCCUCAUGUCAGCUCAGAAGAAGCUGGCUCCCGGAAGCUCGGACCCUUCCGUCACCAGGACGGAGAAGCUUCCUGUGACCCCCGGCACGCCCCCUCGGAAGUGGGAACUGUCCAAGGACGAGCCCUAUUUGUGAGAUCGCCUGCCAGUCUCCCAAGGCAGGGUUGCUGAAGAGCGGCCGGUCUGGUCUCGGGACUUUCCAGGAGGACAUUUUCCUCUCCUCCCCCUGGUCUCAUUCAAUAAACGCCACCCAUAAGGCGACACUGCCGUUGUACGUGGUUUUAAGGGGCUUGUUGGGCUGGGAAAAUGGAAUUGGAGGAAGAGAUGCUGGGAUUGUUAACUCGGAAUAAAUGAAGGCAGGAGAUUUUG